CUCUUGCAGAAAUGUAGGGUAAGACUAACCCUUAAUGGUCCUGCAUUUUCUCGGACCCCGCGCAUAGCGGGAGCUUACUGCACCGGGCUGCCCCUUUAAAUCAUCCAUUUUUAGACACUUUUAUCCUGAAACUGAUGAGUAGUUGCUGUUAGUAUACUGAGUCAAAAAUUCAAGUCUUUCUACUGGUGUCAAUGUGAAAACUUGAUUUUUUUUCUUUGCUUCGCCUUUCUUUUUCCCAAUAAGUCGACCCCUCUUAUACGUUUGAUUCCACCUAAUCUUUCUUUUUGACAAAUUUUACCGAUAAUCUAAAGACUAUUAAUGAGCUAGCUAGAGUUGCUCUAUAAUUAAAAAACCUUCUGCUAGUUUUCCUUUUCUUGCAAGUGGGAUUCAAUAUGGAUUUUGCUUCUUUAAUUUGCUUCCUUCUAUCUCUUCUUCUGAUCUUAGUUCAGGCAAAGGGCAGAAAUGAUUCAACUUGUCCAAAGUCCUUUUCAUGUGGGAAUCUUACUGACUUGAGCUUUCCUUUCUCUCUUUCUACGCAACCUGAAUGUGGAGUAAUGCCCAUUUCUGGUUGUGAUGCUAAACCAUAUCCAAGAAUCCAAUUGCUUCCUGGAGGAGAUUGGUACUAUGCUUUAGGCAAUCUGUAUAGUUAUACGGUUGCACUGGGGGACCCGAAGCUUCAAACCAUGUUGAGUCAACACAAGUGCCAGGUUUUUGACAAAAAUAUCUCCCUUCCAGACUCUCCUUCUAUUUCUUUCGCAAUCAUCCCACUGAAUUUUCUCGACUUCUUCAAAUGCAACAGCACUAGUAGUAGCGCCCAAAACAUUACCCAGAAGAACGAUCAUUUUGCUGGUUAUGAAAUGUACAAUGACUGUAAAGGCUUUAGCAUAUACUACAAGCGUCACAGAGAUGAUGAUAAAGACAAUCAAGCAGGCAAUUUUCCUGCCAGCUGUUCACUUAUCAAAUUGCCAAUUGACUGGAGGUCAUAUGAUGGUGGUCUGUUCGACUUUUUAAGUCCCCUUUUUUUAGUAGAAUGGAAAUUGUCCGAGGACUGUUACCAAUGUCACUAUAGCGGAGGUCAAUGCAAGACUGAUAAAACCAAAAAAAUUCGGUGUACAUAUCCAAAUAAUCCACAUGCUCAAGAUGCAAAAACGACUAGAAGAAAGUUCGGAUUAACUCUGGGAGUAGUUUUUGGUGGAGUAGGAUUGGUGAUGAUUUGUUUGGUUGUCUACUUUAUCUGGCAUUACAAGAAGAGGAUCCUCUCGAAAAAGGAACUCUCGGACAUUUUUAAACAUGAUAUUGAGGGAGGCAGUAUAUACUUUGGUGUCCCAGUCUUCUCUUAUUCAGAACUUGAAGAGGCCACACAUGAUUUCAAUUCUUCUAGAAUAAUUGGAGAUGGAGGUUUCGGAACUGUUUACUAUGGGAAAUUUAAGGAUGGACGAGAGGUUGCUGUAAAGCAUCUCUACGAGCACAACUGCAAACGAAUGCAGCAGUUUGUUAAUGAAAUUGAGAUCCUUACAAGGCUAAGGCACAUCAAUCUUGUCACCCUCUAUGGCUGCACUUCACGGAGAAGCCGUGAACUACUCCUUGUCUAUGAAUACAUUCCUAAUGGAACUCUUGCUGAUCACCUCCAUGGUGACGAAGCGAAGGACAGAUCACUCGCAUGGCCAAUCCGCAUGAACAUUGCCAUAGAAACUGCUGGUGCAUUGGCUUACCUGCAUGCUUCUGACGUAAUACACUGCGAUGUCAAGACAAAUAACAUACUCCUUGAUCACAACUUUAGUGUCAAAGUUGCAGAUUUUGGGAUUUCAAGGAUCUUCCCAAAUGAUGUGUCUCAUAUUUCAACUGCACCCCGGGGGACCCCUGGCUAUAUCGAUCCAACGUAUCACGAAUGUUACCAGCUGACUAGUAAAAGUGAUGUCUAUAGCUUCGGGGUGGUCCUUGUUGAACUCAUUUCAUCAAUGCCAGCUGUGGAUAUGAAUAGGCAUAGCCAAGAGAUCAAUUUGGCUAACUUUGCAAUAAACAAGAUCGUAAAAUGUGCAUUUCACGAGUUGAUCGAUCCAUCUUUGGGGUUUGAUUCAGAUACCAAGAUUUGGGAAAUGACUACUUCAAUGGCAGAGCUGGCUUUUCUGUGCUUGCAGACAGAUAGAGACAUGAGGCCUACUAUGGUUGAAGUUUUGGAUAUUCUAAAGGAGAUUCAGACUAGUGACUUUGACAAUGAGAAGAGAGCUGAGUCUAAUCUCAAUGGCAAUGAAGCUAAAAUAGUAGCAGCUCCUCCUUUCCCUGAAUCAGAAGAUAUUUUAUUGUCGAAGCAAGUUAAAUCACUACCUUCACCAAAUUCGGUGACUGAUAAAUGGAUUACUUGCUCUGGUAUAAUUACUACAAAGUAGUUCUAUACCUCCUUCCUUUUAUUAUUGAUGUAGAUUCUGAGAAACUAAGAAUGUACUGCUGUGAGCAGUUUCUCGAGCUACAUAUCUAUGAGUGAAAGUGAUUCAAUUUUAAUUUCAUUAUACAAGAGCUGUUAUAUACACUGGCAGGUUGGAAAAUGUAUAGGUUAAUGUCUUACGGGGAAAAAACUUGUAUCUUUUACAAUAUGAGUACUAUUUGACAGUUGGAGGAGUGUCUCAGCUUGUAUUUCCUGGACAGAGUGGGGGAAGAUAAACCAAAGAUGCUUUGAAGACAAUGCAGCUCCGCCCAGAAAAUGAUGAUGAAGUGCCUAGUUUUGUUUUGUUUAUGGUGGAAACAAGAAUAUAUGGAAGAUCUUAAGUAUUUUGAAGAUGUUAUAUGAUUCUUAUGAAUGUAAGGAAUAUGAGAUCUUUCUGUAGUCCUCUUUGUAAGUACGUUUUGACUGCUUUAACUCUGAUGCAGUUUUUGAUAUAUACAACAGUUGUUACUUUCUCAGAGAAAAAUAAAAAAUGAGGUACUAUUUUAGAACUUGUGAAA